GAUGGCUGCAUCCGCCGCCUCAGACUGAUGCCACGGCCCUCCACCAAUCACAAGGGCGCAUCCAAGUGUCGUCCAAUCAGAGUGGAACAGGCCAGAAUGGGCUGGGGUUAUACGCAUGCGCGUUAACAGCACGGAAUCAGGCAGCGCAUUGACCGAGUCUUGCAGAAAAACCGACCCGUUGCGGAGCCGCACCAUCACGAUGACCUGUCAGCGCCUCCUCCUCCUCCUGCUGCUGACUGUGGGAGUCUCCACGGUGGAGGUCCAACGUCCUCGCGGGGUCCCUUUGUCAAAACGACAGUUCUAUGAAGAGGGCAAACCUUUCACCUGCCUGGAUGGCUCCCGGACUAUUCCCUUCGACAGGGUCAACGAUGACUACUGCGACUGCCAGGACGGCUCCGAUGAGCCAGGCACUGCGGCUUGUCCCAACGGCAGCUUCCACUGCACCAAUGCAGGGUUCAAACCGGGCUUCAUCCCUUCCUCCCGCAUCAAUGAUGGAAUCUGUGACUGCUGUGACACAACAGAUGAGUACAACAGUGGGGCUACCUGUCAGAACACCUGCAGGGAGUUGGGCCGCAAAGAAAGGGAGAGCAUGCAGAAGAUGGCAGAGAUUGCCAAGGAGGGCUUUUUGCUUAAGCAACAACUAAUCCAGGAGUCCAAGAGGGGCCUUGAGGAAAAGAAGUCCAAACAUGCAGAUAUUGAUGUUGGAAAGAAAGAGUUGGAAAAUAAGGUGGAGGCUCUGAGAACUGUAAAGGAGGCCGCUGAGGAGCCAGAGAAAGAAGCCAAAGAGCGCCACCUGAAGGCUUGGGAAGCUCAAAAGGCUGUUAUUCAAAUGGAGAAGGACAAGGCUAAAAUGGCUGAAGUGUUUCUUGAACUGGAUGAUGAUGCAGAUGGCUUCGUCUCAGUGGCUGAGCUUCUGUCCCACUCUGAGCUCGACUCCGAUUCAGCGGAUUCAUUCACCGAAGCAGAGGCUCAGGCACUGUUGGGAGGAGUGGACCAAGUGGCCCAUGCAGCGUUUGAGUCCGUUUGGAGUAAAAUCAAAGAAAAAUACGUCUCCGAGGCCACCGCAGACCCCCCGGCGCCCGUGGAGACUCCGCUGGAGGAGAUCCGGGAGCCGGACUCCGACAAUGAGUCCGAGCAGUACCCCGAGGAGGACAUCCCGGAAGACGAAGAAGAAGACGACGACGACGACGAGGAAGAAGACGAGGACGCCGAUGACCGAGAGGUCCCUCCGACGGCGCAGAGCCAAGAAAAGAAGGAUGACGAUGGUGAGGGGACGAUGCCGCCCUAUGACGAAGACACACAGAUCCUCAUUGACGCUGCUCAGAAAGCCAGGGAUGCAUUUGAUGAGGCUGAGAAAGCUCUCCGGGAGGUUGAUGAUCAGAUCAAGAACCUCGAGAAGGAAAUCUCCUUCGACUUUGGACCCAGCGCUGAGUUCGCCUACCUCUACAGCCAGUGCUACGAGUUGACUACUAGCGAGUAUAUCUACAGGCUCUGCCCGUUUAACAGAGUAUCGCAGAAACCUAAGUUUGGUGGAUCGGAAACUAACCUCGGAUCCUGGGGCCAGUGGGCGGGUCCCGAGGACAACAUCUACUCUAUGAUGAAGUACGACCAUGGAACAGGGUGCUGGCAGGGCCCCAACAGAUCCACCACAAUUAAAUUGACUUGUGGAAAGGAGACCGUUCUGACGUCUACCUCUGAGCCCAGUCGCUGCGAGUACCUGAUGGAGUUCGUCACCCCGGCCGUGUGCCAGGAACCUCGAAGCCUGGAUUCAAAUGAUCACGAGCACGAGGAGCUGUAGAUCCAUUAGAUUGGUUGUUCUCGAGGGGCCACAGUCACCGCAGCAACAGGAAUUUGCUGUUCAUGAUGACGACGACGAUUCCAAUCAGAAGUUAAAUUGUCUGCACUUCAUGUCAAAUGUAGUCAUUCCAUUGUUUCCCAAUAAAGUUCAUUUCAUCAUA